CCAGCCAUCCCCUGCUUAUCCCUCCUUUUUCUAAACUCAUAAUUCAUAAGUCCAGAAAUUUUGACAUCUCCCAUGAGGCCCUCCUUUAUCUUUGCCACCCUCAUCACCAUACUCUUCUUUCUUUCCUUGAUCAAAAGCAUUAAGUCUGUGCAAGAAGAGGAACAAUACCAAAAUGACCAAGAGUCUGAUAGAGUAUUUAUUCUUCCUGGCCAACCCAAGGGCCCAUCCCUCUCCCAUUUCUCAGGCUACAUAACAGUCAACAGAGAGAACGGGAGGGCCCUUUUCUAUUGGUUCUUUGAGGCUCAAACUGAGCCCUUCAAGAGACCUCUUCUUCUUUGGCUCAAUGGAGGCCCUGGUUGUUCAUCAAUAGGCUAUGGAGCAGCUGUGGAGCUGGGUCCUCUCAGGGUCAAGAGAUAUGGAACAGAGCUUGAGUUCAAUAGAUAUGCUUGGAAUAAAGAAGCAAAUUUGUUAUUCCUAGAGUCUCCAGUUGGAGUUGGGUUCUCUUACACCAAUACUUCUUCUGACCUGGACAAACUAGAAGAUGGAUUUGUGGCUGAGGAUGCUUAUAGCUUUUUACUGAAUUGGUUGAGAAGGUUUCCGCAGUACCAAGCCCAUGACUUCUAUAUCUCAGGAGAGAGCUAUGCAGGUCACUAUGUGCCCCAGCUAGCUGAGCUUGUCUAUGACCGCAACAAGGACAGAAAAAACUACCCAUAUAUCAACUUGAAAGGCUUCAUUGUUGGUAAUCCUGAAACCAAUGAUUACUAUGACUCAAAGGGACUGUUGGAGUAUGCGUGGAGCCAUACGGUCGUGUCUGAUCGAGUAUACAGGCUCGUAAACAGGGUUUGUGACUUCAGGCUCUUAAACUGGACAAAUGAAUGCAACAAUGCCAUGAACAUGGUCUUUGAUCAGUACAAAGUCAUUGACAUCUACAACAUUUAUGCACCGAAGUGCAACCUUGAUCAAGUAUCAUCGUCGACCUAUGAAACUGAUGCUAAGAGUAGUUCCUUAAGGAGACUAAGAAUUUACUCAGGCUAUGAUCCAUGUUUCUCAAACUAUGCUGAGGAAUAUUUAAAUAAGCCUGAUGUGCAGAAAUCGCUUCAUGCGCAUGUUGGUGGAAAGAAUAAUGGAAGGUGGCAAGUUUGCAAUGAUUCCAUAUUGAACACGUACAACUUCACUGUGUCCUCUGUCCUUUCAAUCUACUCGAAGCUCGUUAAAGCUGGCCUAAGGAUAUGGCUUUACAGUGGAGACACAGAUGGCAGGGUCCCAGUUAUUGGGACAAGAUACUGUGUGGAAGCCCUGGGCCUCCCCCUAAAGUCUCAGUGGCAGCCUUGGUAUCACAACAACCAGUGCAGGUUGGUGGGAGGUUUGUGGAGUACCAAGGGCUGACCAUGGUGACGGUCAGAGGAGCAGGCCAUUUGGUGCCUCUCAGCAAGCCUGCAGAAGCCCUUGUGCUCAUCAACACCUUUUUGAUGGGCCAACAGCUCCCAAAACACUAGUGAUAUCCAUCCCUACAAUUGUAUGCCUUUUCUUUCUUUUUUGAGAGCAGACAUGUUGAAAGGGCAUGAGAAAUUUGGAAUUGAGGCCAUGAGAAAGAACUUUUUGUUGGUUAGGGGAGAAAGAAAUGAAAUUGCUUGGAAAGCUCA